AAAAAUAAAAAUAAUGAACAAAUAAUUGAAGUUGAUGAUGAUCUCAGUGCUGUGUGUAUAUAUAGAGGCUUAAAGCUCAUUCACUCUCGAACCCGAUCGAGCUUUAUUAGUUUAUUAUAACUCUAUUUAAUUCCAAGAAGAUGGGUAAGGAAGUGUUUGAUACAUUCUUUUUGAUUCACGGAGCACCGCUGGUGCUGAUCGACGACACAUUACCCGCCAGAAACUUCUUGAAGUCGUGGAGGGAGAAGAUCUUGCCGGAGAAGCCCAAAUAUGUCCUCGUGAUUUCGGGUCACUGGGAGACCAACGAACCCUCCAUCAAUGUCGUAGUCCGCCAUGAAACAAUCCACGAUUUCGAAGACUUCCCGCCCGAGAUGUACGAGCUCCAGUACCCAGCUCCGGGAUCUCAAGAACUGGCCACCAAGGUGAACGACGUCCUAGUGGCCGCCGGGUACAAGCCUCUCCACGUGGACACAAAGCGAGGCCUCGACCACGGAGCCUGGGUCCCACUCAUGGAAAUGUACCCCGAAGCCGACGUGCCGGUGUGCCAGCUCUCCAUCCAGUCCCACGAGAACGGAACCUAUCACUUCAACUUGGGCAAGGCCCUGGCUCCUCUCAGGGAGCAAGGAGUCCUCAUCAUCGGCACCGGAAGCGUCACCCACAACAUGGAGUCCCUCAUCGUCAACAACGUCGGCGGCACCGUGGCCGACUGGGCUCUCGAGUUCGACGACUAUGUCAAGGACGCGCUGCUCAACGGAAGGUACGAUGAGGUGAACCAGGCUUUGGAGAAACAUCCGCACGCCAAGAUGGCUCACCCGGAUGGACCAGUGCAUUUCUAUCCCCUACUGGCGGCCAUCGGGGCCGCCGGAGGGCAAAAAGCCAAGGCGGAGCUCAUUCAUCAUAGCUUUAGCCGGCAUACUAUUUCCUAUGCCAACUACCGGUUUAAGUCAGCUGAGUGAAUCAUGUUGUCUGAUUUCUUCAAAGCCUGAUCUACGCGCGUGUGUUGCUAUCUGUGGACGUACGUAUGCGUGUGCAUUACUUCGUUUUUAUCUUUUCCAAUAUAAUUAUCAUUAUUAUUUUUAAUGUUUGUGUGAUCGACCUCGCUGCAGUGUUGAUUUUGUUCUUUUGGGUACGCAUCUGCAACAAAUCUGUGUGUGUUUUGCAGACAUGAGGUGGGGUUGUAUGUGUAUGUAUUCACUUAUCUAUCAAUAAAAGAAUUCAGCAAUAAAAUUAUUCUCUCUGGAAAAAUUUUAUUUUUGGGACAA